CCUCCCUUCAAACAGAUUGAUCAACGCCCACACAGAGAGGCUGUGGCUUCGAACAUGUCAGAUGAUGCUCGAUUUUCUAGCAUUUUUCUGUGUACAAGUAGACAGGCUAGCGCGCCCGUGAUCGGUGGGUGCAAUCCCGCACGGAUCGUUCCCGAAAAGGCAAGUCCAUUCCCAAAAGGAGUUGCAGGGACACCGCCACGUGCAUUCCUCAAGCCCGGUCCUUCCCGAAUUUUUUUCGCCGUCCGUCUCUUGCCAUUUCAUCCCUGUUACAAUGAGCGUGCUACGCCCCUUCAAAGCCGACGAUAUGUUCAAGUUCAACAACAUCAAUUUGGACGUGUGGACGGAGACGUACGGCCUCGCGUUCUACCUCAACUACCUCUCGACCUGGCCGGACCUAUGCUACGUGCAGGCGGCGCCGAGCGGGCGGCUCAUGGGCUACAUUCUGGGUAACGCGGAUGGGUCCGGGUCUGAUUUCCACGGCCAUGUCACGGCCCUGACAGUCGCUCCGGAGUACCGCCGCCUUGGCCUGGCGCAUAGAAUGACCACGCUUCUGGAGUUUAUCUCCGAGGUGGGGUACAACGCAUACUUCGUCGACCUGUUUGUGCGGUGUGCGAACACCGUGGCGAUAGACAUGUACGAAGGGAUGGGCUACAGCGUGUGGCGGCGCAUAAGGGAGUAUUACGGGAGCCUGGGCGUGGGGAAGGGCGCACGGGACGAGGAAGAUGCGUUCGACAUGAGAAAACCUCUGGCGCGUGAUGUUGCGCGGCGGUCCGUGCGGGCCAAUGGGCGGGAUAUGAUCGUGGAUCAGAGCGGCGUUUAGACCGCGUCUCGGAUUAAUUUUCUUGGCAGCAUAACCCCGUACGACUAUCAGCAUCGCACACUCGUCCAAAUAUUGGAUAAAAACUUCACUCACCCCCCACUUACAUAGAUAUCCAACACCUCACCAUUGUAUUUCUAAAUAAGCAUCUCCUGGAAAUAAAUUUCGUUGUGUUACUGUCCUCCCAAUCCCCUAAUAACGGUAUAAGUAGGCGUGCUUCUCCC